AUGACCAUCAAAGCCAAGAAAUUCACCCCAAAGGUGCUCCUGGGUGCGCCCCGGCGCUCAGCCGGUCUUCCGAAUCAUGACGGAACGAAAGUGCUGUACAGCGUGUCAACAUAUUCUUUCGCCGAUCAUGAAAAGCAUAAUGAGAUCAGAGUGCUGGAUGUAAAGAAGCAAGAGUCAAUCGUAGUUACGGAUGACAAGACGGCGCGCGAGCCUAAAUGGCUGAGAAAGGAUGGGGAUGUGGUGAUGUUGAUGGGUGGUGAGGAGGGCAAGACGAAUGUGGUGAUUGGAAAGGCGGAGGACUGGAGUAAGAGCUACACAGCUGGUAUCAUCCCUGGCCCCGUUGAAAACCUCAAAAUUCAUCCCUUGGCCAAUAAUCAAUACGGGUUCGCAGUUUCCGGCAAGGCUACGCCCGCCGGGGACCUCUACAAUCCCGAGACGGCGAAGAAGCCGCAUACCACAGGCCGCGUCUACAACACCCUGUUUGUCCGACAUUGGGAUCACUACGUGACCGAGAACCGCAACAGCAUCUUUUUGGCUCAACUCGUCACCAACGAAGAGGGCAAAUUCGUUCUGUCUGAUUUUCGGAACGCACUCAAGGGGACUGGGUUGGAGUCUCCCAUCGAGCCUUUCGGCGGCAUCGAUCACUUUGACAUCAGCUAUUAUGGGUUAGUGUUCACAGCCAAGGAUCCCGAACUGAAUCCUGCGCUACAUACGAAGACAAACGUGUAUUACUUCCUUUCAGACACAUUCUGGACGCCUCCGUUCUUGCAGCCUGUAUAUCCGACCAAGAUACACGUCCCAGGCUUCGAAGGUGCAAGCACAAGUCCAAUCUUCUCGCCUUCCGGUCUACACAUCGCUUUCCUGAAGAUGAGAACAGAUGGCUAUGAAUCCGACAAAAACCAGCUGUUCAUGGUUGACGACUUGCAUUUCCCCGCGCACGUCACAAGUCCGCUUGGGACCAAGGACCUCAAAGGCCGAUGGGAUCGCAGUCCAUCAUCAGUGAUUUGGAGCGCUAAGAAACCUGGGGAGAAACCAGGCUUCUACUUCAUUGCUGAGGAUCAUGGGCGCUCAUGUCUCUUUGCUGCGGACUGGUCGACACCCAACCAGAUUGACCGCCUGGACGACCCUCGAAUGAUUGUUCGAGGCGGUGCCGUAUCAGACAUCAAGAUCUUGGACAAUGAUGACGUAUUCAUCUCCUCGACGAGUUUGACUGAGAACAGUCUGUACUCUCUCUACCCACGGAAAUGGUAUGACGAAGAUAAAGUCUACAAGCUUCCAGACGGAAUCACCUCUCCAUCGGAAACUACUCAGGUCAUCUCAUCUCAAACCCACUUUGGCUCCAAGUUAGGCCUCUCCUACAAACAAGUGUCCGAAGUAGAAUGGCCCGGAGCAGCGGAAGACACGUCAGUUCAUGCUUGGGUUGUCAAGCCUAGUGAUUUCAAAAAAGACAAGAAAUACCCCCUUGCAUACAUAAUCCAUGGAGGCCCCCAAGGCGCUUGGGAAGACAGUUGGAGUACCAGAUGGAAUCCUGCAGUCUUUGCUGAACAAGGAUAUGUUGUCAUCACACCAAAUCCCACAGGCAGCACAGGAUUUGGUCAGGAAUUCACGGACGCCAUCCAGGGACAGUGGGGAGGACUGCCAUACGAGGAUCUCGUGAAGGGAUUCGACUGGAUCGAGAAGAAUCUAGACUACGUGGAUACGGAUCGGGCCGUGGCACUCGGGGCUUCGUAUGGCGGAUAUAUGAUGAACUGGAUCCAAGGCCAUGACCUCGGUCGACGCUUCCGCGCUCUCGUAACACACGACGGCGUCUUCAGCAUGACUGGCCAACUCGCCAGUGAAGAACUCUACUUCCCGUUCCACGACCUGCGCGGCCGCCUCUGGGACAAACCAGAAAACUGGGCGCAAUGGGACCCCUCACGCUUCACUAAGAACUGGAGCACACCCCAUCUUAUCAUCCACAGCGAGUUGGACUACCGAUUGACGAUUUCGGAGGGCCUGGCGGCUUUCCAUACACUUCAGUCCCGAGGCGUGGAGAGCCAGUUCCUGACUUUUCCGGAUGAGAAUCAUUGGGUGUUGAAGCCGGAGAAUAAUUUGCUGUGGCAUAGGACGGUGUUGGAUUGGAUCAAUGGGCAUGUGGGGAUAACGAAGUAUUCGGAGCAGGAGGAAGCUGAAGGCAGUCGGAACGAUGCGUUGUCGGUGAACUGA